ACACGUUUCCCCUCACGAGCGCGUCAACAGCGCAGCGCGCAGGAUGGGAACGCGGAGCGGUGAAGAGAGGAGGAAGUGAGCAAGUCGGAGGGAAGGAGAGACGGAAGGAGGCCGAGAGAGGGAAGGAGACGGCUCGACUGAAGAAUAGCAGAGGACUGAGGAAGACCAUCGGCUCUGUGGGACAGCAGGGACGACCUGACCGAGCCCAGAGGACGAGGAGGCGCGCGCUCUCCUCCCGGAGGCGGCGGCCGGUUCGCGGCUCUAGGCGCUGCAGGGAUGUCCUGGUUGUCUCCGGUCCAGUGGGCCAAGUGGACCUGGUCCGCAGUGACCGGGGCGGCCGGGGACGAGGGAUCCAAGAGGGAGGACAAUUCAGACUCGGAGGGGGCCUUUGACACUCCCGAGGCCGAGUCUCCAGGUGUUGUGAAGCUACUCAGCCAACUGGACAACUCCACCCACACAGUUCUUCCUGAUGGUACCAACCACUUUCUGGACAAGAACUCCAACCAGGACGCCGGCCCAGUUUCAUCCCCAAAGGUCGAUUCCCUCAACAACCUCACCGGAGCCUCACCUGACGGCCGCAGCUUGAGUUUGGGCCAGAACCUCAACCUGACCCUCGGCUGCCCUCCCGGUCCUGCAGGAGGCCUCUCGCCCUCCGGCCCUCCGCCCCAGCCUCAGGCCCUCCGGCCGCCAUCAUUGUCCUUCCUUUCCCCGCUAAACAAACCAGAUCCUUCCGAGGUGGACGACCGGGCUCCGCUGACGGCCGACUCCGACUCAAACUCCAUCUCCUGUCAUGACGUUUGUGUGGAUCCCGACCUGCUCAAUGGCAACAUCAAACUGGCCUGUGAGACCAACGGCACCAUUGUCACGAACUCCUGCAAAGUGAAGCAGGAGGACGUCAGCGGACAGGAUGACCAUCACGGAGGCCACGCCACGGACGAGGAGAAGUUGGCGAGCAGUGUCGGCGUUAAACCAGACAAGGAGCAAAGCGGCUGCCAUGUAACAUCAACACCUGAGGCCUCAGACUGCAGCUCAGGGCAGUUUGAAGACUCAUGCAAAUUGAAGAACAAGCCAGAGGGAAGUGAAAUGCAGAAAACAGGAAGUCAGGUCCUGGACUCCAUCUGCAUCAGUGAGGCAGAAAAACAGGCCGUUCUCACCCUCAUUCGAGAAGAGAUCAUCACUAAAGAGGCAGUGGCCAACGACUGGAAGACAAAGUACGAGGACAGCAGACAAGAAGUCAGCGAGAUGAGGAAGAUUGUUGCAGAAUAUGAGAAGACUAUCGCGCAGAUGAUCGAGGACGUGCAGCGCAACAACCAGAGCUCCCAGAAGGCUUUGCACACUGUGGCAACGGAGAAGGAAACCGCUCUGGCAGACCUGAACUCUGUGGAACGCUCUCUCUCCGACGUGUUUCGGCGUUAUGAAACCAUGAAGGGCACCCUGGAGGGCUUCAAGAAAAAUGAGGAGGCGCUGAAGAAGUGUGCUCAUGAGUAUCUGGCCAGAGUCAAGCAGGAAGAGCAGAGAUACCAGACACUGAAGCUCCACGCUGAGGAGAAACUAGACAAGGCCAAUGAGGAGAUUGCUCAGGUGCGUGCAAAGGCGAGCUCGGAGAACAUGGCGAUGGCCGCCAGUUUGAGGAAGGAGCAGAUGAAGAACGAGUCUCUGGAUCAAGGUCUGCAGCAGAAGAACCAAGAGAUGGAGGAACUCACUAAGAUCUGUGAUGAGCUGAUCGCCAAGAUGGGAACGGACUGAGAGUCACGCGGCCGCUCGCCGCCCUCCGGUCGGGCCGAGCGGCCGCGCCCUGUGCACGCCGCCCGCCUCCUGCAGCACAGAGACGGCUUAUAUACAGAUGUCUAAAGUAACUUAAUGUAUACUACAACUGCACUACUUGUGAUCUGAGUCGAGAAGGUUCUCUACAUGCUGAUACUUGUCCUCGUGGGGCUCGGUGAUGUGUGGUCACGUGGUUUAGUGUGUUUCUGCCCAUUCUGAGGCCAUCUGGACCUCUUGUGCUUUCGCCCAUCAUGCCAGUGAGCAACACGCUUCUUGUGACUCAAAUUACAUUCCCAGCAACUCCUGGGAUGACAUCAUGGAGGCGGGGGAGUUUUAAGAGUUACAUUUCGGCAUACUCGCUUUGACGAGGAUUGUUUGGUAUUAAAGCAACAAUCCAUGACAUGUAUUUUUCUAUAAAGUAAACAAGAAAGAAAGAGAGCUCAGGGGUAUUGUGUGGGGGCAGAAUGAGGUCAGGGUCAAAGUCAGGCUGCACAAGAGAUGCAGGAGAGGAUUAAGGAUUAUUUGAGGGAGACAGUGGAUCCCAGAGGCCUUUGUUUGUCAGGAGAGACGUCGGAACCAGACAUGCACCACAUGGCAGGAAAACUGCAAGUAACUCAAAGCAUUUGCUUUACUUGGAUUCUGGACAAUUCACGUAGCUGCAGAAAGUUUAUCAGUCACAAGUAUAAUAACUGUAUAAUAACUGGACAAUCAUAGUCGUUGCUGUAAUUAUAUAAAUGUUGUGGCAUCGUCGAGUCACUAGAGACACAACUCGAUGUUAGAGAGAACAAAUAAAUUCACUCCAUCGUCACUAUAAUUUGGAUCCUGAACAAAUGAAAAACAUUAAAGCACAGUGACUAUAUUUUUGUUUUAAAUGUAUUUUAAUAUAUUAUAAGAACUGCAAUAUGUCAAGAAUGAUGUUGUUCUUCAAUCAUCACUGUGUCACAGAGCGAGGCUCCAUCACAUGGACCUCCAACCAAGAAGGAAACCAAGUGUGAACCGGCUCCGUCAGAUGUUUUGAUCUGUGAUGAACAGGUGACCUCAUGCCUGUAUUUAUUGCACUAAUGAUCUGUUUCUUUGCAUGAUUAUUUUCAUAGCUUUGUGUUUCUCAGAUUGUUUUCUUAACUCACCAGUCAAACUAGUUGUGUAAUUAUGACUUAGCAGAUUGUUUUCUUAACUCGCCAGUCAAACUAGUUGUGUAAUUAUGACUUAGGAGGCUGUGAUUUAGUCACUGGGUAUCAGGGGACAUAUUAUAGAGUCUGGUUGAAAUGAGAAAAGAGCCUUUUCAAUAGUGGAGAAGAAAAUAUGUCCAUUUAACAACAUGAGAGCCAAACGUGUACAACAUCAGUUUUUAUUGAAGGCUCAACACUAACCACUAUGUACUACGUAUAACAUAUGCAAAUCCAUCAUUUAAAUCAGGCAAUAUUUGUGUCAAAAAUGAAUCAACACUGAAUCCUAUGGAGUCAGUCACAAGGAGAAAGAUACCCAGACUCGUAACUGUCUGUAGAUCCUGGGAGGACACAGACCCACUGAAGCCUCACCGUUUAUAUCGAAGUCUCUUCAGUUAUACGUUACUUCUCGCUUCUCAGCUGCUUCGUCUGCUUCACAACAUAUUGCCUUGUCACUUUAGCCGCUUUUUAGAAUUAUUGUUUGUAAAUUAGAAAUGAGGAUCUCACACGUGUGUUGACACUUUGAGGACUAACAGCGUGAGUGUGUGUACAUUGGCCUGAAUACAAAUAAAUAUAAUUUGUUCUACUGUAA